GAGUAAGCUGGAAGUAGCCUCGAGUUGAUCGGAGGAAUUGGAUCUUGCAGGGUGCUCGGAAUUGUACGCGUGCAUAGAAUUCAAUCGCAAUAGCAAAGUAGUUUGGUAAACCCUUUGAUCGUUUCUUAACAGUGGGUGCGUUUUUUAAAAUCUUACCGCAAUACGUCCAACGUUAGAACAAUUUGGCAAUAAAGUGAGCAGCCUUAAGUGCGUAGUGUUUUCUUUUGCAUAUGCAUAUAUACUUGAAAGAAGGAAAAUGAGCCAUAGUUUUUAAUCAAAUAUUUGGUGUACUUGUGGAGGUGGAAAAUAUCGAAAACCACAGAAAAUCCGAAAUUGUCUAGCGAAUCUUAAACUACACAAAAAAUCCUGUAAAGGAAACAUAUACAACUCAGACAAAGAUGGAAUGGUUUAGAUACUUUCGGCUUCUCAUGUGGAAAAACUUUCUAAUAAAAUGGCGACAUAAACUCGAAUUUUGCGUAGAAAUCAUAUUGCCCUUGAUAUUCUUUAGUAUUAUAGUGGCUAUCCGGACUACAGUAUAUCCUACAGACUACGCCAAACCAACUUUCUAUUCACCAGUUCCCAUCGGGCUAACCAGUUUAGAUUUAUUAAGAACUGAGUAUGCUUCCACGGUUUCCCUAUGGGAAAUUGACUACACUCCACCGCAUCCUCUGCUCGACAAAUUGAUAGCAAAUGUUGCUCUUGAACUUGGCCUCAAUUAUCGAAGCUUCGCCAACCCAACAGAAAUUGAAAAAUUCAUGAUGAGUAACCAAUCGUUUGUAGGGGUUGUCUUCGAUCAAGAUACCUCGCAGGAUUCUCUUCCCCAGGACUUCACUUAUCGGUUGAGAUUUCCAGCAGGACUUCGAACUGCUAGUGUGUCAGCCUCAAUAAAUACGUGGGAUACCGGUAAACUCUUCCCACCGCGAGUUGAUACUCAGGGUCCAAGGAAUAAAGACUCCAAUGCCGGCGGCGAUCCUGGAUAUAUUCUUGAAGGAUUUAUGGCUGUUCAGAAUGCAAUCUCCUCUAAUUAUAUUAAACUCGCAGCUACCAGCAAUGCGACGGAUUUGCCGGAUAUUGAGUUGCAGAGGUUCCCUUAUCCACCGUAUAUAGAUGAUCCUAUUAUAGAAUGGAUGCAGCCAAGUGUAGGGAUUUUAAUUGUACUAGCAUUCAUGUUCCCGUGUGUACAGGCUAUAAAGCAUAUUACGGUGGAGAAAGAUCAGCAGUUGAAAGAGGCGAUGAAAAUUAUGGGGUUGUCCACGGCGCUUCACUGGUUUGCCUGGUUUGUCACGAUUAUGGUCAGCUUGUUAAUACUCGUAGCUUUCCUAUUAAUUUUCUUCAAAAUAAAUUGGUUCGAUGGCUCCAAAAUAGCGAUAUUCACACGGUCAUCUUGGUCACUAUUGCUGGUCGUCUUUCUAAUCUACUCCAUGUCCUGUGUGACUUUCUGCUUCAUGAUAUCGUCGUUUUUUACACGUGCAAAGAUCGCUGGACCAAUUGGCGCGCUUUGCUGGUUUAUCACUUAUAUUCCAUUUGCAUUCACAUCGACUACUGGAACGCAGUUACCAUUUGGGGCCAACAUGGCUCUUUCGAUUUUUCUGAACACCGCCUGCCCACUUGCAUGCACUAUGAUUCUAACCUGGGAAGGACUUGCUAUUGGGGCGCAGUGGUCGAAUUUAUUCGAAGGUCCUAAUAUUGGAGAUGACUAUUCAGUUGGAUCAGCAUUGGUCAUGAUGAUAGUCGAUGGAAUCGUUUAUAUGCUGAUUGCAUUGUAUGUGGAAAAAAUUCUUCCUGGGGAGUACGGUGUCGCGCUAAAAUGGUACUUUCCCUUGACAAAGUCGUACUGGUUUCCAAAUAGCGACAGAAACUUGCAAGAGGAAAUUCCGCCUGUAAGUCCUGGAUACGAUGACGAUCAAUUUGAACCAGAAAUUGGAGGUCAAAAUAAAGUGGGCAUUCAAGUUAUUAACUUGCGGAAACAUUUUGGCGAAAAAAUUGCCGUAGAUGGUCUUAACGUGAAGAUGUACGAGAAUCAAAUUACAGUCCUUCUGGGACACAACGGUGCUGGAAAAACCACGACCAUUUCCAUGAUUACCGGACUCAUCCCUCCUACAGGCGGUACUGCUAUAGUAAACGGUUACAAUAUGCGUACACAUUUUCCAGAAAUUAGGAAACAACUUGGAUUCUGUCCUCAGUAUAAUAUUCUAUUUAAUGAACUAACGGUAGAGGAGCAUAUCGUAUUCUACAGCCUUUUAAAAGGAGUUCCAAGUGGAAGAGUUAAAGAGGAAGUUCACAAAUAUCUCAAAAUCUUAGGAUUGGAAGAUAAACGCAAAGCUCAGUCAUGCACUCUGUCCGGUGGUAUGAAGAGGAAACUGUCGAUGGGUAUAGCGCUUUGUGGUGAUUCAAAGGUUGUACUUUGUGAUGAGCCGUCAGCCGGAAUGGAUCCUGCAGCGAGAAGAGAUCUUUGGGAAUUGUUGCUGAACGAGAAGAAGGGAAGAACGGUUUUGCUGACAACUCAUCUGAUGGAUGAGGCUGAUGUUUUGGGAGAUCGAAUUGCCAUUAUGUCGGAGGGAAAGCUGAAAUGCAGUGGAAGUCCUUUCUUUUUGAAGAGGCGAUUUGGAACUGGAUACAAAUUGAUUUGCAGUAAACAACAGGAUUGUAACACGGAAUCAGUCAUUACCAUGGUAAAAAGUUUCAUCCCAGAAGCCACUAUCAAAAGCGAAGUUGGAAUGGAAUUAACUUUCCAACUUCCUGAAAAAUAUUCACAUGUUUUUGAGCCUAUGCUGAGAAAGUUGGAAACAGACGAAACAUCAUAUGGUCUGACUGGCUAUGGCAUAUCGAUGACGACCCUGGAAGAUGUGUUCUUGAAAACUGGAACUGAGAUGGAGACGAAUGGAUCGAAAGUUGGUAGUUCACAAAAUGGAAGUAGUUCAACGGUGCAACUCGUUGAUCCGUUGAACAUUGACGAUAUUCCAAUCGUGAAUCACACAGAACGUAUUCGUUACCAAUGGCAAGCAAUGUUCUACAAGAAGGCUAUAAACAUCACUCGAAACUGGCAUCUACUCGCUCUUCAGCUUGCCGUCCCGGUUCUUUUUAUAGUCUUAGGAUAUUGCAUAUCCGAAGUAUCUGAAGUAAUUGGCGGUUUGCCGCCGUUGACAAUAAGUCUGAAUAGCUAUGGAUAUACUCAGACCCUGCUUCGAAAUGAGGCACCCAAUGGUAGUUUUGGAAGUGAAGUGGCGCAAAAUUACAAGGAAAUGUUUCAAACAUUUCCUCCAAGUGAAGUGCUCACUGUAAUAAAUGGAUCAAUUCAAAAUACGAUCCUCGAACUAAGCGAAUAUAAUAUUCGAUAUGUAAAUCGGCGUUAUCUGGUUGCCGCCACAAUCGAAGCGAAUCGAACAAUUGGGUGGUUUAACAAUCAAGCGUUGCAUACUGCGCCGUUAACUCUGAAUUUGAUAUACAAUGCAAUUGCAAGAACUGUUCUUGGACCCAAUUAUAAAAUCACUGUGAUAAACGACCCACUUCCACUCAGCACAAAUUAUCAGCUGAACCAACUAAAGGGGGCUGGAUCCUUAGGUUUUCAGUUGGCUCUAAAUACAAGUUUCGCCAUGGCCUACGUCAGUUCUAUCUUCAUAAUGUUCCUAAUCACGGAACGCGUUUCCCGUGCUAAAUUGUUGCAAUUUGUUAGUGGAGCACGUUUAACCAUAUUCUGGGCUGUUCAUUUUGUAUGCGAUUUCAUAGUGUUCAUUUUCGUCGCUUGUCUUGCAGUGGUCAUUAUGUAUGCUAUGCAUGAAGAAGGCUUCAGGACAGGACCACAACUAGGUCGUAUGUUUUUGAUUUUCCUGCUAUAUGGCUUUUCGAGUAUACCGCUUACUUACCUGGUAUCGUUCUUCUUUGAAGAACCUGCCACUGGAUUGGCACGUUUAUCUCUUAUACACAUUAUCACAGGAGACGCACUUUUCAUCAUGGCUUUUGUCUUAAGCAUUAUGAAUGACGGCGAUACAGUCGGGAAUAUUGCCGUAAUCUUCCCGAAUUUCGCAAUAGCACAAUCGAUUUCAAAUCAAGCAAUGAUAGCAACAUCUGAAAGUAUAUGCGCUUCUAUUGCCCAUCAAACUGGAAUUACUGUCGAAGAGGUCUGUACAACCCUGUCUUCAUCGUGUUGUAACUUAGAUCCAUUUGCAUGGGAUAGUCCUGGAAUUGGACGGCCAUUAGCUGGUAUGUUUGGUAUUGGUUGCCUUUUGUUUGCUAUCUUGAUUCUCCGGGAAAGACGUCAGGCCAGUUCAGAGUGUUGCACCUGUUCGAAGCCACCACCACCACAAGAAUCUCAAGCUGAAAUAGAUGAAGAUGUUCUCAAUGAAAAACGCAAAGUUGCAAUGAUGGAGGAACCGGAAAUCGCAAGGAAAAAUCUAGUAAUGCGAAAUAUAUCGAAAUACUACAAUUCAUUUUUGGCUGUGAAUAAAGUCUCAGUAUCAGUUAAUGGGGGUGACUGCUUUGGUUUGCUUGGUGUAAACGGCGCUGGCAAAACAUCAGCUUUCAAAAUGAUGACUGGCGACGAAAGCAUAAGCUACGGUGAUAUUUGGGUAGAAGGACAUAAUAUUCAAAAGGAAAGAUUAGACGUCUACGACCUCAUUGGAUACUGCCCUCAAUAUGACGCUCUUUUAAUGGAUUUCACGGGACUGGAAACACUACGAUUGAUUGCUACAUUGCGUGGAAUUCCCAAAGAUCUUAUACAACCUCUGAGUGAGCAGUUGGCCAUCCACUUGGCCUUCGAAAAGCAUCUUUAUAAGAAAGUGAAAGACUACAGUGGAGGCAAUCGCAGAAAACUGAGCACAGCCGUUGCGUUGCUGGGAAAUCCUCACUUGGUGUUUUUGGAUGAACCCACUGCUGGUGUUGAUCCAGCAUCGCGACGAAAAAUAUGGGAUAUGAUCUGCCAUAUCCGAGAUAUUGGAAAAGCCAUAAUUUUGACUUCGCAUAGUAUGGAGGAAUGCGAAGCUCUGUGCACAAGAAUUGCGAUUAUGGUUAAUGGAGAAUUCAAGUGCAUUGGUUCUGCGCAACAUUUAAAAAAUAAAUUUUCACCAGGAAUAACGUUGACCAUCAAACUGUCAAGGAUUGAAGAUGUGUUCAUUUUCGACGGCGUAGACAUUAGUGAUCUUGGAAAAUCAGCAUUUAAUUCAAAUGGAUCGAAUGCAUCAAAAGUAAUUGACUUUGUAAACCAAAACUUUCCAGGAGCUGAACUCAAGGAUUAUCACAAAAACCUUCUUACGUUCGAGUUACCAGGCAAUGCCAUUCCGUACUCAAAAAUAUUUGGUUUGAUGGAGGAGAAUAAGAAGGCUCUGUGCAUUGAAGACUACACUUUGAGUCAAGGAACGCUGGAGCAAGUAUUUUUAAGCUUUACGAACAGUCAGCGCGAUGCACCUAGUACAAGGCUAUGAAAAUUCCUAACUAUAGGUACUUGAAUCUAACGACUUUUACGUAUAAUGAUUCGCUUUUUUGAAUUAUUUAUUUUAAAUUAAGAUAAGAAUACGAAGGAAGUGUGAUCUGUAUUUUGUUGUAAGCCUCGUAGGCUAUGUGAUCUUAUACAACUUGUUAGAGCAAUAAAAAGUGAAGAGAAAUGUGAAAAUUA